GCCAUCAGUGUACCCCAAUCAGUGUACUUGUCACAGCAGCAGCCAUCAGUCCCCAGUAGUGCCACCUGUCAGUGUCCAUCAGUGCCUUAUGUCAGUGCUCAUCAAUGCCUCGUGCCAGUGCCCAUCAGUGCCACAUCAGUGCCACAUAUCAGUGCCUACCAGUGCACAUCAAUGCUACAUAGUGCCCAUCUGAGCUGCCUUUCAGUGUCACCCAUCAGUGUCAGUCAAUGCCACCUAUCAAUGCCAAUCAGUGCCACCUAUCAGUGCUGCCAAUCAGUGCCAUCUGUCAGUGCCAGUCAGUGUCAUCUAUCAGUGCUGCCUAUCAGUGCGCAUCAGUGCUGCCUAUCA